AUGAGCCAUGAGCCCACCAACGCGCCGCCGCACCACGCGACGCCCAGCGGCCCCCAGCCUCCCUCGCCUCCGCCCCGCGAAGAGGCCCGCGAUGCGGACGGGUCGCUGAAAUACCACCUGCUCGGCCCGUCGCUGCAGAAAAGCGGUCAGGACGGCGUCGCAGAAAUUAUCUACAAUGCCUCCAAGGGCUCCAAGUUCUUCAACAACGAGUCUGUGAAGGACCGGGUCCUAACCGAGAAGAUCGACCGCAUCCUCGCCCGCAAGCGUCAGCUCGAGCGGACUGAUCUCUCGCAUGAUCUCCGUCGUGCCGACGCCGUUGUCGCCGAGCUCGAGCUUGGCCGCGAUCUUUCGCAAUCCAUCGUGCAUCUAGACUGCGACGCCUUCUAUGCCGCCGUCGAGGAGCUAAACCGGCCGGAGCUGAAAGAUGUUCCGUUCGCCGUGGGGAAGGGGGUCUUGACCACAUGCAAUUACCACGCCCGCAAGUUCGGCUGCAGGAGCGGCAUGGCUGGCUUCGUCGCCAUGAAGCUGUGUCCGCAGCUAAUCUGCCUACCGCUAAACUUCGACAAGUAUUCCGCAAAGGCUCGGGAGGUGCGCGCCGUGAUAGAGCAGUACGAUCCGCGCUUCGAAAGCGCUAGCAUCGACGAGGCCUACUUGAAUAUCACCGCGUACUGUGAGGAACACCAAAUGGACCCUGAGGACGUUGUGCAACAGAUGCGCGCCGAAGUGCAUGAGAAGACCAAGAUCACUGUGAGUGCAGGCAUCGCCGCGAAUGCCAAGCUAGCCAAGAUCUGCUCCAACAAGAACAAGCCUAAUGGCCAGUUCCGUCUGGCUAAUGAUCGAGCUACUAUCAUGGCCUUCAUGAAGGACUUGCCCACGAGAAAGGUCAACGGCAUCGGGCGCGUCUUUGAGCGAGAGCUCGACGCUAUCGGUGUCAAGACCUGUGGUGAUAUCUACGAGCACCGCGCAUACUUGCCCAAGCUAUUCGGUGAGAAGGCCUUCCAUUUCCUGAUGCAAUGCUACUUAGGCCUGGGGCGCACCAAGAUCCAGCCCGCCGAGGAAUAUGAGCGCAAGAGUGUCGGCACGGAGAGCACGUUCCGCGACAUGUCAGACAAGGAUGAAUUGCGCGCCAAGCUCUGGCACACAGCUGAAGAGCUUGAAAAGGACCUCGAGAGGACACAGUUCAAGGGCAAAACACUUGUCUUGAAGGUGAAGCUGCACACCUAUGAGGUCUUGACCCGACAGACUGCACCGCCUUUCGCUGUGUAUCGCAAGGAAGAUUUGUACAAGUAUGCGUUACCGAUGUUGGCAAAGCUUGAGAAGGAGAUACCCGGAAUGACGCUACGGCUGAUGGGCUUGAGGGUUACUCACAUUAUCAGCAUGAAGAAAGGGCCAAUCGACUUCUUUGGUCUGAACAAGCGUACUACCGCAGAGUCCAGCACUAGCCAACAGCAAUCAACUAGUCUGGAGAACGCCAAAACUGGAGACGAAGGGGAGUGGGAGGUGUGGCCUGAGGAGGAAUUCGAAGAGGCAGCACGACAAGAGCGUGAAGCAGAUUUUGUAGAGACGUUACGGCUCAGCCAGCAAGAAGAUCAGAGCAGGCAAAGACAACCGGGAGAGGAGAACCAGGACCAGUCUUUGGAUCAACCAAUGGAAACUCAUUGGGACUGUCCCAUCUGCCUCCGUCCUCAACCAGCAAACGAUCGUGCCUUCAAUGACCACAUCGACUUCUGCCUAUCGAAAGACGCCAUCAAGGAGACGGUAAAGGAAGUCAACGAGUCCGGUACACCGCCACCACAACCUCAGUCAGACACGGAGCCGGCCAAGCCCAAGGAUGCGUUCGGAUUGAUGGGAAUGAAGGCUGGCUCGGCAACCAAUGGUAAGAAGAAAAGAGGAAGACCGCGAAGCGACGGAGUUGGUUCCGGCCAGGGCCAGAAAGAUUCGAGGAAGAGACCUUUCUUUGGGUGA